UGAGGUUACAAAGACGAAUUCAGGAGCUCGCGGGGCAACUCCGCCCAGGACCCCAAACACCCAUCAGCCAUGACAACACUGUUAGCAUUAGCUAGCACACAGUAAAGUCACAUGAUUUUGAGCUUUGUACAAGAAGUACAGUUAUGUCUGAAUCAGCAGCAGUCACAGCUUUGUGUGAGAACUCAAAUGAAGAAUUCCUCGAUGCCUCUAAGUUGUUACUCACUUACGCGGACAACAUUUUGAGGAAUCCCAAUGAGGAAAAGUACAGAUCAAUCCGCAUCGGCAAUCCGACGUUCUCCACCAAGCUGCUGCCCAUCAAAGGAGCCGUGGAGUGCCUCUUUGAGAUGGGAUUUGAGGAGGCUGAGACCCAUCUGGUGUUCCCCAAGUCUGCAUCGGUGGAACAACUAAAGCUCAUGAGGGAAACCAUCGCAGCGGAGAGGGAUCAGAGGCUGCAUGGAGGGCAGCCUGUACGGCCCUCUGCUCAGGCUGCUGCAGCCUCCUCCUCCUCCUCAGCUUCAGCACCAGAGGGAUUAGCUGCUGCUGCUGCUGCCUCCAGCCAGCCGGCUACACCACCUGUAGCACAGCCAUCAUCCUUGGAGAGCAGCAUGAGCUUCUUUGUGACUCUUCAGUCGAACUUCCAGCACGUGAUGCAGUAUGAAAACCCUGACAUGCAGCAGAAAGCUCGAGACCACAUCCCUAACCAGAUAUCUUCUGCUGCUGAACACAGGCUACAAGAGGCCCAACAGGCUGAUCCAGGGUGUAAACUUGGAAAAGAAGACUUCCUGGUGCUGGAGUUACUCAGCUGGUUCAAAAAGGACUUCUUCUCCUGGGUGGACUCUCUGCCCUGCAGCCGCUGCGGAGGCCCAACCCAGAACUCCGGCUCGCUCAGUCCCACCCCAGAUGACCUUCGAUGGGGGGCCCAGCGAGUGGAGAACCACCACUGCCAGAGCUGCCAGCUCUCCACCAGGUUUCCCAGGUACAACAAUCCAGAGAAGCUGCUAGAAACCAGGAGGGGGCGCUGUGGGGAGUGGGCCAACUGUUUCACAUUGUGCUGCAGAGCCAUGGGCCUUGAGGCCAGAUACGUAUGGGACAGCACAGACCACGUGUGGACUGAGAUUUACUCUGCGUCUCAGCACCGCUGGCUACACUGUGACUCCUGUGAGAGUGCCUGUGAUAAACCUCUGCUGUACGAGGUCGGCUGGGGGAAGAAACUGGCCUACAUCCUGGCCUUCUCUAAGGACCAGGUGGUAGAUGUGACCUGGAGGUAUUCCUGCAAACAUCCAGAGGUUUUGAAGAGGAGGACCAGGGUUCAGGAGGCCUGGCUGCUGCACACCAUCAACGGGCUCAAUGCCUCUAGGCAGCAGGCCCUGACUCCAGAGAGGAAGAAGGAGCUGACGGAGAGGCUGCUUGUUGAGCUGGUCGAGUUCAUUUCACCAAAGAAACCAAAAUCAGGAGAGCUCGGAGGACGAAACUCUGGAUCUCUGGCCUGGAGGUUAGCACGAGGGGAGACCAGAGGGGGUGAUACAGAGGCCUCUGCUCAGGCUGCAGGUUUCGUGUUCACUCCCACUGAGAGAGAGAAGAGUGACCGUUUACUGCACGUACGCUACAGCUCCUCCAAAGACCAGUACUGCAGAGUGUCCAACGACUGUGAGGAGGUUCAGUGCUGGGAUCAGUGUGUGUGGAGGAAGGAGUCUGUGUUCAGGAAGCUGGAGAGCGACUGGCAGAUGGUGUAUGUAGCCCGAACAGAAGGCUCUUCUCAGGGAAACAUCAGCUGGAAGUUUGACUUUGCUCCAGCGGGACUGAAGAUAAAGUCUGUCUCCAUCUUGGCGAGUAGCCAGACCUUCCACUCUGGGAGAGUCUGCUGGCACGUGCAGGCUGGUGAGGUUACUACAGAGUUCUCCGGAGACGGGACCAUGCAGUCAUUGCAGAGUCUCUCCGGCUCCUCAGAGUUCAUGAUAGUAGCAGGACUCAGUGGAGGAGAAGGGGAUUCCUCAUGGCAGCACUCUCAGCUCUUCAGACAAAGCUUGAAGGAGACAGAGGAGUCUUCAUUUGAGAUCCUCGUCCACUUAGAGGAGGCUUAACGUUUGUUUUACUCUUCCAAAGUGGACCAUCUAGUUAUUUUUCCUCUGUUGAUGAGUUCAGAGAUCGGGGUGUGGAUGAUCAUUCUGUAUCAAGAGAAAUCCGUGCAAUAUUUUAUUUAAACUUGGGUCAGUUCUCCAGGAUGAGUAAAGGAGAAGUCUCUAUUUUUGAAUCUUUUUACAAGUUUUUUUUUCAUUCAUAUACGCGUUACUCACAAAACACCACCACCACCACCACCAUACACGCAGCAGCCCACAAACAGCUCCUGUGUUCUUAAAUACCUGUGUUUGUCAAUGGAGUCUGGUAGCUUUGAAAAACUUGCUGUUUCGGCUGUUUCUAGUUUCAGAACUGGAUCUCACGUUUACACAACAAGGUGUCUCUAUGGAUUGGGGCUGUCACUUCAUGAUAAUUGUGGCCACAAGUAUUCCAGAUUACGAUAUUAUCACAAUUAAUAGAAAACGUAGAAAAACACAAAAUUAAGGUGAAAUUAGGGGAAGGAUGGACAAAGUUGGAGCGACUUGUAGCCAGAAACUUCUAACUAAACUAAAACUCACCAUCUGCUUCUACAUGUUUGUUAAUUGUUGUCCACCAACUGUUUUCACUUUUUCCAUGUGGGGAUAGAGUACCUAGCUGACAUGAGUAGAGAUGCAUUAGAAGCCACACACUGCAGUAAAGGCUAGGUAGCUGGUUACUCAAUCUUCUUCUGCUGCUUCUUCUACAUCUUCCCUCUGUUUUUGGUGGGUUGUAAAGAGCCACUACUUCCCCACUCUUAUGAAAAAGUUAGUUACACAGUAUUAUCGUAUAUUUCAUUUGUUUUUAAAGAUGUUUUUGUCAAUACCGGUAUACUGCCACAGCCUGACUAGGGAUCUUUUCUGAGGUAUUGCGAGACACUAAGAAUACUAAUCUGAGCCGAUCUGUGGAAGUCAAUUUUUAAUUUAACAAAUCCCAAAGUGUUGUGUUCAAAAAUACUGGACUGCCCCUUUAAAUAUGCAUAUUAUUGAAGUCACAAAUCUUCUAUGCGCCACUUCUGACAGAUCUCUGACACACAUUUGUUUUAUGUCGUGAUUUGACAAUGGGCCAAAUAACCCAAAUAACCCAUAAUGACACCUGCUGUAGACAGUAAACUGGUAAAGAGAGUUAACUACAAAGCUAUAUCUGCUUUGUCUCCACUGGGAAUGUGUGUGUAAGUUUUGAUGCAUGGAGGCUUUCCGUAUCAGCAAACCAAGGUUGAUGCUUGUAUUCCAGUUCUCCAUCCUGUGUUAAAACUGGAGGGAAGACUGUGGUUUGUUUCCUCACAGGUUGGUUGUCACUAUGCUUAUUACAACCAAACAAGCAAGUGCUUUUCCAUCAUUUCCAUAUCAAGCACUAAGCCAGGUGGCAUGCUACUUCCUUAGUAGCUGUUUUGUAGCGCACACAUCACACGCGCAUUUUGUGAUUUUUCUUUUUUGGGAGAGUAAUUUUUUAUGUACAUCUUGUUUUUGUUUCAUUGUGAUUAGUCUGUGUAUGAUCAUUUAUUACAAGUGGAAGGUAACAGCUUUUGAUGUGAGCCUAGUUUCAGCUAGCUAGCAAAAGCUAUAUGUAAAUGCUGUGAUCGGCUAAUUAGAGAACGCAGGAAGAGAGAGAGAGAGAGUGAUUUAAAUUGUUGAAUUAUUUUCUUAAUGUUUUAUUGUUCAGUGAAAACAUUUUAAAAAGUCCAACAGUUGUACAGACAAAGAAUAAAACAUGAACUUUACAUUGAACAAUAAAUGAAGAUGAGGGUUAAA